ACUCAGACCCUUGCACGCCUGAUGCUCCGCCUGCUGCCACUUCACCACCAAUGUCUGAAGAACCUGGACCUUUCACAGCUCCAGAAUCACCCUCUUCUUCCUCUGACACGGGUACUGCAUCAUUUUCACCACCGUUACCUGCCUGUGUUGCAGCCUUACAUCCCAAACCACCUCCUAUUCCACCAUCAACAUCAGCUUCUGCUGCCACUGUUCACCCUGGACUCCCUUCUCUUCCUGCACCACCCACCUCUACUCCAUCCCUGCACCCUGGACUUUAUUUGCCAGUAGUCCCAGCUGGCAGUACCACCCACCUCAUCAACUGGCUGCCCUUCCUCGCUUCCGCAACACUUGCCACCAUUCGAGGGAAGGAGGAAGACCAGCCACCUGUAAGAACGGGCUCCCUGGAGGGCAUGAAGCGCUGCAGCAGCACACCUCCACACCCCUCCCAUGAUGGAAAUCCCCAGUCAGCACCCAUUGGAGACAGGGCUCUAGGGGCUCCUUCCUCACCACCGGCUGCCCAUGCUGAGCCCCCAGGCUCUGAGCAGGCAUCGGCGAAUGUGAGCGACAUCCUGGCAGAGCUGCGGACGAUGAACAGCCAUCUCUCCGUCAUCGCCCGAGCCCUGACACAGCUGGCGUCGUCACUGGCACCGCAGCAGGACACGCGUGGCACCCCACCUCCUUAG